AUGCCAGCAGCAGUACGAGAAGAUAGUUUUGUCCGACAUGUGAACAAGCGCUUCACCCCGUCAAAGCUAUUUCAGUCCGGAACAUCGGACGAGGUCGAAGAGUCCUUCUACCCGGAAGAGUUCUUCCCGGACGAGACGAAGAGUGAUAUCGACUUUCACAAAAAUCACUGUCUCCACCUUCUCCACCAGUCGAUACUCUGCGCCGGAGAUGGGUCGAUGGCCUACUGGUGGAAUCACAGCUACACGUACAUAGACGAGAACGGCGCCCUUCUAGAGGGCGGGGAUACCAGAAGAGAGGUUCUCCAGCGGUAUCGCUUUGAACUCGACUUCAAAUACAAAGUCGGCAUUGAUAAUUCAAUUCUUUGA